AUGCAGGCCACCCAAGUCGGGCCUCCCGUCAUGACCGACAUCGAGAAGGACAGAGUCGAGCACAUCGACAACAUCGACACCAAUGGGUCUGAUGUCGACUCCAGAGCCGGCCCCGAUGACAUGGGCUUCACGCCCGAGGAGCAGAGGAAGAUUAUCCGUCGGAUUGACCUGCGCCUGGUGGUGACGGUCGGCGUCAUGUACUGUGUGAGCUUGAUGGACCGGACAAAUUUGUCGGCUGCGAACAUUGCCGGAAUGAGUGUCGAACUUGAUAUGGCGACCGGUUAUCGAUACUCUAUCGUUACCCUGGUCUUCUUCAUUACCUACAUUAUUUUCCAGCCUCCUUCGACAGUCAUUGUUCGCAAAAUCGGGCCCCGUUUGCAUUUAUCUGCUAUAUGCUUCCUCUGGGGAGCCACCAUGAUCGGCAUGGGCUUUUCCAACACCUGGAAUACUCUUGCCGGUUUGCGUGCCAUCCUCGGUGUGCUUGAGGCCGGUUUCUUCCCGAGUGCCGUCUACCUGAUGAGCACUUGGUACGUGAGAUAUGAGAUGGGUAAAAGAUACUCUGUGUUUUACAUUAUCGGCUGUGUAGCCUCGGCCUGCUCCGGUAUUCUAGCUUACGGGCUUAUGCAAAUGAAUGGUCUAGGUGGCCAGGGUGGUUGGAGAUGGAUUUUCAUCAUCGAAGGCAUCCUCACUUGCGCCAUUGGCUUAGGAGGUUACUGGCUUCUCGUUGGCUUUCCCGACGGCAAGCAUAAGUCAUGGAAGUUUCUGGAUGAGCGCGAGAAGCGUUGGAUCAUCAACCGUGUCCAGGCCGACCGUGGUGAUGCGAAGAUGGAGUCGUUCUCGCUGAAGAAGUUUUUCCGCGGGGGUAUGGACUGGAAGGUGUGGGGAUACGCCUUGAUCUUCUUCGGCACAACCACCAUCACUUACGCCUUGGCCUAUUUCCUACCCAUCAUCCUGCGCGUCAACAUGGGUUUCAGCAUUGCUGCAGCCCAGUGCCUCGUCGCCCCGCCAUACGUUUUUGGGGCUCUCAUCAUGUACGGAACUGGAUACUUUGGCGACCGCUUGCGGGUGCGAGGGCCCGUCAUUGCCUUCAACAUGCUUCUUUGCAUCAUCGGUCUCCCGAUCAUGGGCUUUGCAAGCAACUCGGGCGUCCGGUACUUUGGUGUCUUUUUGGUCACUGCUGGUGCCAACGCCAAUGUCCCUGCCACGAUGAGUUAUCAAGCCAACAACAUCCGCGGACAGUGGAAGCGUGCCUUUACUAGCGCCUCGCUCGUUGGCUUCGGAGGCAUCGGCGGAAUCGCGGGAAGUUUGGUAUUCCGUACGCAAGAUGCUCCCCACUACAGGCCUGGCAUGUGGGCUUGCAUUGCUUGUGCUCUAAUGAACCUCCUCCUUGUCGGCAUAAUUGGCAUCUCUUUCUGGCGCGACAAUGCGAAGCAGGCUAGGGGAGAGAAGAUGAUUGAGAGCAACGAUACUGACCCUGACGACCCGAACUUCCGCUACACCUACUAA